AUGAGUCGAGUCAGACGCCAAUGCCUGGGCUGCUUCCUGGCUGCCCUUGUGGUAUUCCUCCUGUACAAUCGCAACCGAUCGUGGCACGAUGCCCACGCUGAACAAGACCCAUCGGCGAUCUCACCUCCAUCCGCUCCAGACUCACCGGACGUUCACCUGCAAGAUGAGCCCACACCCGCUUUUCUAUGGUCGACCUUACCGAUUCGAUUCCCCGUCGCUUCAAUCGCAUCGAUACCGCAAGGGCACCCCCGAAAACUGCCUAAAAUUCAAUCGGGCUCUUCACGGGUAUCUCGAAUUACCCUAUGGUACCAGACAGGCCGACAAUCGGCCGUGAAGGAAGCUUUCAAGCGGUGUUGGGAGUCAUACACGUCCCUGGCAUGGCAGGCAGAUGAGCUCGCGCCAGUUAGCGGUACGUCGCGGAGCGGACUUGGUGGCUGGGGCGCAACACUCCUGGACAAUCUGGAUACACUGUGGAUCAUGGACAUGCGUAAUGAGUUUGAGAAGGCUGUGGCAGCGGUCUUGCAGAUGAACUUCGCGGACACAUCCUCGCCGGAUAUCAACACCCAAGUGGUUAGCACCCAUCACCUUGGGGGUCUAUUGGCAGCAUAUGAUCUGAGUUCCGACCAAAGAUUGCUGAAAAAGGCGAUUGAGGUCGGCGAUAUGCUGUAUGUUGCCUUUGAUACCCCCAACCGGAUGCCUAUCAUCCACUGGGACCUCCACAGAGCCGCGCGCCAGGAGGAGCAACUUGCCGAAGAAGCAGUAUCUGCUUCGGAACUGGGAUCCUUCGUUCUGGAAUUCACGCGACUGUCCCAAAUCACAGGCGACCAGAAGUAUUUUGACGCAGCACAGCAAGUCACAGCGAAGCUAGAUCGACAACAGGACUCUACCAAACUGGCUGGCAUGUGGCCCGUUGUUCUCAACGCUCGGACGGAAUCCUUCGAUGGAGAUUUAUAUACCAUGGGAGCCGAGGUUGAUGCUCUAUACAAAAUUCUGUCCAAGGCAUACGCGUUGCUCAGCGGGCAAGAACCCAUGUAUCGCAAGAUGUAUGAGAAAACUACGCGCACAGCCGCAGGACACAGCCUAUUUCGACCUAUGAAUGUCGAAGGUAGGGACAUUCUCGUCCCUGGUUCAGUACGAAUUAUGAUGACCGAGAACGGAAAGACGCGCACACACUUGGAACCUCUAGUUCAUAGUCGGGCGUGUUUUGCAGGUGGCAUGUUUGUGAUGGGUGGUGCGCUUUUCAAUAUCCCAGUCCAUCGGCAGAUCGCCCACAAGUUAGUGGAUGGUUGUAUCCGGGCUCACAAUGCUAUGCCAAUGGGUAUCAUGCCAGAAGUCUAUGAAACAGUUCCCUGCGCAUCACAGGCGACCUGUCCGUGGAACGAGUGGCAUUGGAAACAAGAAGUCUACAAAUGGACAAUCAGCCAACCGAACCCAGAUCCAAAUUUGGAUGUUGAUACAUACAUUCGGGAACAUCAUCUUCCCAAGGGCUUUAUCGCCAUCCCCGACACCCGUUACAACCUAGGGCCAGAGACUAUUGAGAGUAUAUUUAUUCUUUAUCGAAUUACCGGGCGGGAAGACCUACUCGAUGCUGCGUGGGACUUGUUCGAAAAAAUCCAGAAUGCUACCGAGACGAUCAAUGCCAACGCGGCUCUCUUGGAUGUCACAAAUGAGGGCGAACCAGCUCCCGAUGACUCUAUGGAGAGUUACUGGAUGGCGCAAACCCUCAAAUAUUUCUACCUGAUUUUCAGUUUCCCGGAUGUCCUGAGUUUAGACAAAUAUGUCUUUAACUCUGCAGGACACCCGCUGAAGAUUCCUGAACACAUGGGGCACGGCUUUGGAUUCUAG